AUGGAUUUUAGAGUACAAGAGUACGACCUCAGAAAAACUUUCACAAUAGAAAAAAAACUCCUACUUUUAAUCGGAGUUUACCCAUCUUCACGAAAAAUCGCACACUUUUCAGGAACUUUCCUAAACCUUUUUGUUUCUGUAACCCAAAUCAUUUCCAUGACGGUGCAGCUGAUAAUCGACGGCACGGACAAAAACCUUUCAAAAGUUUCAGAAUCGCUUCAGUACUUCACAACUCUCGCCACCUUCAUGUGCAAAUUUAUUAAUUUCGUGUGGUACAAGAAAGUUCUGCUGGAAAUCGAAGACGCUUUAACCUUGUCAGUGCUUUACGACCACUCGAACCACUGUUUCGAUUUACUACAACAAAAAAUAUCCACGUGCCGGAUUGUUGGUAAGGUUUUUCGAAUUAUGGUUAUAGGAGCUGUGAGUUUGUACGGUUUGACGCCGUAUCUGGACCCUGAAAAACACAAAACUUUGCCCAUUCCUGGAUGGUUUCCUUAUAACGUAAACGAUUAUUAUUAUCUGACUUUUGCGUAUCAGAUGGUGGGUGUGGUUAACACUGCUUACACUAAUUCUACUAUUGAUAUUUUGACUUGGUUGUUGAUAAGUGUGGCCUCAGGGCAGUUUGAAAUUUUGAAAGAAAACUUGAGAAGAAUCGAUUAUGGUAACGAAAAUGUGCAAGAAACGAAUCACAGUUUCGAAAAAUGUGUAAAUCAUCAUAAGGAAAUUGUCAGAUUGGUUUACAAAAUCGAGCAAAUGUUUUCUAAGGGAAUAUUUUUACAAUUUUUUAAUAGUGUGAUAGCUAUUUGUUUCACCGGUUUUAUGAUGAUUAUUGUACCUCCAUUUAGUUUGCAGUUUUGUUUUCUGGUGAUGUAUUUUUUGUGUGUUAUGUUGCAAAUAGCGAUGUAUUGUUGGUACGGUCAUGAUGUUAUGACAACAAGUAGCACAAUUGGAGAAUCUUUCUAUAUGUCGAACUGGUACAAGUCUGAUUUGGCAAUUCGUAGAAACGUGACAAUUUUCUUAGAAAAAACGAAGAAACCGGUUUGUUUGACAGCGGGAGGAUUUGUCACUCUGUCUUUGACAACAUUAACUGGCAUUUUGAGAUCGUCCUAUUCUUAUUUUGCUGUUCUUCAACAUAUAUAUGCAAAAUCGUAA